AUGCCUCAGAACGAGUAUAUCGAACGCUGGACGAAGCAGCACGGCAAGCGCUUCGACCACGAUGAACGUAAGCGCAAGCGCAUUGCCCGAGAGGGACACGAUGGUUCCAAGAAGGCGCAAAACUACCGCGGUCUGCGCGCAAAACUCUACGCCGAAAAGCGUCGCAAGGAAAAGAUCCAGAUGAAGAAGACGAUCCGUGCCCACGAAGAACGCAACGUCAAGACAUCAGAGCCCGCCGAGCCUUCUACAGAAGCCCUACCACAGUACCUCCUCGACCGCAGCAACGAGAAGAACGCAAAAGCGCUGUCCAGCGCCAUCAAGCAGAAGCGCAAUGAAAAGGCGGCAAGGUUCAGCGUACCCCUACCCAAGGUCAAGGGUAUUUCCGAGGAAGAAAUGUUCAGCGUCGUCAAGACAGGCAAAAAGACGGCCAAGAAGAGCUGGAAGCGCAUGAUUACCAAGCCCACCUUUGUCGGACCAGGCUUCACCCGCCGCCCCGUCAAGUACGAACGCUUCAUCCGGCCCAUGGGUCUGCGCUACAAAAAGGCAAACGUCACACACCCUGAACUCAGCGUCACCGUGCAACUGCCCAUCAUCUCCGUCAAGAAGAAUCCUCAGAAUCCUUUGUACACCCAAUUGGGCGUCCUCACAAAGGGAACCAUCAUCGAGGUCAACGUGUCCGAGUUGGGUCUCGUUACCGCAGGUGGGAAAGUCGUAUGGGGUCGUUAUGCUCAAAUUACAAACAACCCUGAAAACGAUGGCUGCUUGAAUGCUGUUCUGCUUGUCUAG